AUGGACAAAGAAUCGACUAUUCAGCUGGCCUUCUCGGCCCUGGAGGGAUGCGUUAAUGUCAUCCAUGCGGCGUUCGUUCACCGCAAGGUAGUUGAAGAUGACAAGCUGCAGCAACUAAUCAACGACAUUCGCGGCCUUGCGUCUGUUGUAUGCUCCACUGCACCACUCUGGCAACUUAACUUGGACACCCCGACCUCCCCCGGGAUUGAAGCCGUCCUGCAGUGGCUACCGCCUCUAUACCGUCAAUUAUCGGCCACGCUGAAGCUGUUGGAGAAAAUGCUUCCCCUCCCGAUCGAGCACGUACUAGACGGAUAUGGAAUGGGCGCGAACGUAUUGAAUUGGGAGUUUAUCGCGUGGAAGGUGAACAACUACGAGGCAGCCGUACGAGUGGUGUUGGGUGUGAUGAAGAGCAACUACGAAUGGAAAGAAAUCAACCUCGAAAAACUCAAAGAGCAGGCUAGACGGUACGAGAGUGCGAUGGACGGCCUGGAUAAAAGAGCGGAAACAGGCGAUUUGUUGUUGCAGGAGCUGGUGAAAAUACCUUAUCACCUGGAGGUUCUUGAACGACUUCAGAAAGCUGCUAAGCUGUACACUGUUUCCGUGAAAGACUCGGGCGCUGAGAUUGCUCAUUGCUCCGUAGGAAUCGGGAAACUGAUGGCGAGAAACUACUACGCGGCCGAUAGAAGCCAGGCAGACAUAAUCACUGAGACACCGAGUCAAGGGACGAGUGGACCCCAGCAAGAGAGCGAGGGCUUGCGGAGUGCCCGAAUUGAACCGGCUUGCAACGCCCACGUCCGGCAGAAUGAGGCAAUGCAGCAAGGGACGCCGGACGUUGGCAGUGCGUCCAAGCAAGUGCCAACCACAGACUCUGAGAAAACUAGGACACAGCCUUCUCACGAAAGACCCCGAACACUUCAACAAGCGCACGAAGACACAUUCGUCGACCAAAGAACGCUCAUGAAGAAGAGAAGCCUCGAGAUCCAUCAUCGAUGGCUUGAACAAGAAGACCAAGUGUACGCUGCCAAACGCGAAGCAAUACAACAGAAGCUGGAGGAAUCAGGUUCGUCGCCGGCAAAGCGCAACCCCAAUAGUAGCGGCUUGACCGCAUCUCUGUAUGCCCCAAAAGACGUCGUGUCCGAGCAACCAACACAGGACGCACCUGUGCUCUCUAUGGGUUCGUCUAGAGAAACAUCCACAGACUAUCAACAGAGAGACAGCCUCAAAGCCGUCGACUUUGCGGAAAAGGUUGUGGAUCCACCAAAGACGCAAGAAACGCAGGGUUCGGAAAGUCCUGAGAAGAAUGAAGCUAUUGCGAUUAGUAUGGCUUUUGAGCGUUCUCAAAGUUCCUCGCGAUGCACAAGUUCUGUUGAAUUCGAAACACCGAUCAAAGCCGACUCAGAAGAGUCUUUGUAUCGUCUGAGCCCAUCGAAACAGCAGAGCCUCGUGCUACGGCGGACGAUUGAGAAGAAGAUCGCGAAUGCCAAUGCUUCAACAGCUGCUCCGCCAUCGCCACUGUUACCAAGUCCUGCAAGGAGCGAACAGGGCGUGGAAGACGAGGAAAAAGAGGCAUUAUCCCUGAUGAGUGAGCACGAGCAGGUCGCCCGCGUCUUGCGGUUGUUAAAGGAGCCAAACCUUUCCCACGCAGCGAAGACUCUGGGCAGGAUCAUCUCUCUUAGAAGGCUCAGCCUUACGUCCAGGCUUGUACUCGCCGAGGGCUUUUACAAAGCUGCGUGUUAUGAUCGAGUAAUACCGUUGCUCCAGGUACCCUUGACCGUGCUUCAGGAUGCCCCGCUUGCUGCAGCUCGCAUUGACCAUCUCCUGGCAAAAACACACUUCAGUCUGGGUGCAUUCACCCCUGCCAUCAACUGUUGCAAGGUUAGCAUGGACAGAAAGAAGAAGCAGUUAGGCAGCAAGCACCCUUCUUUUCUCGAAUCAGUGGAGUUGUUGGCCCAGCUGUUGCGAGCAACUGAGAAUCCGAGCGAGGCAGAAGCUCUGCGACGUCAGCACUUCACACCCGAGCAGUGCAACUUCCUUCGGCACAUUGACGACCUGGAAGCUGCUUUCAACUGGAGGAAACAAGAGUCGCGCGAUCCCAAGUACAAGCUGAUGUUGAUGUCUUUUGUCGCACCCGCGAAAACCAGCGUUCUUGAUCAACUCGGUUUGUGUGAAGAAUGGGGGUUCCAUACCACUGUGCUGGGAUUUCAUUCCGGCACAAGCCUGCUCAGCCUGCUCAGGAGUGCGGGCGAGAGCGACAAACUGAUGUUGCUAUUUCUAAGGGGAAAUGUUACAGUCGGUCUUCCAUCUGGACAGACGCGCCAAACCCUCGAUACACUUCUGCAGCGUGCUGUUUCCGCGAAUCAAGCUGAGCGGGUGGAGAACCUGCUUGACGCCGGUGCAGACAUUGAAACUGAAAGCGACGCAAUGACUUCCCUCCACUCGGCCGCAAAGUCGGGCUACUCUGAUAUUGUGAACCUUCUCGUUGAUCGGGGCGCGAACAUUGAUGCUAGAACAGGGGAUGAUCAAUCAGCGUUGGCGCUCGCAGAAGCCAACGGACAUCGAAAGAUCGUGGAAUACCUUGCCAUCAAAGGGGCUAAGAAGUAA